AUGGAUCCAAGAUUUGGACAUGGACGGGUGCGUUCUUCGGAGAACUUAGCACCACGACAUAUUCCGAUGCCAGGAAUCCCGGAUCCCCAUCCACAGCAAGGGCACCUCUACCACCGCCCAAGUGAUCCGGAGAUGCAUACCUAUGGACCGGAAGAUGAUCCUCAAGAAUAUGCUUUCAACCCUGAAGAGCACCAACAGGCGUAUUAUCACCAGCCUUAUCAGGCCGCACCGCAAGAUAUCCCCCUGUUGGCAAGAAACCCUAGCCACGAGCCCCUUUAUGAUCCCCAUGAAGAAGAUCGCCCGCCUCCUCGUUUUCGGGAUUCUCACCAAUCAUUCCAAUCCGGCCACAGUAUUCCAUCGGCGCCAGGGACCCCAGGCGUGGGUGGCAUUGAAACCAAGGAUGGGCAGCAGCCCACUGAGGGCAGAGUUGGGCACUUAGUUUACGACUGCCCAGUACCGCCUAGGUUGCUUAAGUCAAUUCAACACCCUGGGGGUACUGGUCGCGAUGAAUUCACCCAUAUGCGAUACACAGCUGCAACAUGCGACCCUUCCGAAUUCAUGGCGGAGCGGUUUAACCUCCGGCAACAGCUCUUCGGGAAACCUAGACAUACGGAGCUGUUGAUCGUGGUUACGAUGUAUAAUGAGGAUGACGUGCUGUUUGCCAGAACUAUGAUUGGAGUCUUCCAAAAUAUUGAGUAUAUGUGCUCUAUGAAGGGCAAGCAUAAGGGUUUGUGGGAUAAGGAGGGCUGGAAAAACAUCGUUGUUUGUGUGGUUAGUGAUGGCCGUGCAAAAAUUGAUAUCAGGACUAGGGCAGUCUUAACAGCCCUUGGAGCUUACCAGCACGGCGUGGGCAGGGAGAAAGUCAACGACAAGAAGGUCACAUCUCACAUAUACGAGUACACUACCAAAGUUGGCAUUGGGAUCAAGAACGGCGUUGUGGAGACAAAACCAGGUAUGCAGUGCCCGGUGCAAUUGUUAUUCUGUCUUAAGGAAGAGAACCAGAAGAAAAUCAAUUCUCAUAGGUGGGCUUUGCAGGCGUUUGGUGAGGCUCUCCAACCGAAUGUUGUGGUGCUCUUAGAUGCUGGUACAAGACCUGGGCCCAAGUCAAUAUAUCAACUGUGGCGUGCUUUCGAAAUCGAUGAGAAGUGCGGCGGUGCUUGCGGAGAGAUCAAAGCCAUGCUAGGGACCGGUGGCAGAAAUCUCCUAAACCCACUCGUUGCGGCUCAGAACUUCGAAUAUAAGAUGAGCAACAUUUUAGAUAAGCCCAUGGAGUCGGCCUUUGGAUUUAUAUCCGUUCUUCCGGGUGCCUUUUCUGCCUAUCGAUUCAUGGCUCUGCAGAAUGAUUCGCGAGGUCAAGGCCCUCUUGAAAAAUACUUCGACGGCGAGAAACACCAUCUAGACGCCGGGAUCUUCACCAAAAAUAUGUACCUUGCAGAAGAUCGAAUUCUCUGUUUCGAGCUUGUCGCAAAAAGAAAAUCGUCUUGGGUGUUGACCUACGUCUGCACAGCUACCGGGGAGACCGAUGUCCCCGAAGAGAUGCCAGAACUGAUCAAGCAACGUAGGCGUUGGCUUAAUGGGUCUUUCUUCGCUGCAGUGUAUGCACUAGCACAUUUCUACCAAAUCUUCCGCAGUUCGCACUCUAUGAUGAGGAAGGUCAUGUUCUUGGUGGAGUUUCUAUAUCAACUAAUUAGCAUGGUAUUCUCUUGGUUUGCAGUCGGCAAUUUCUUUCUCGUCUUCCGCAUUCUCACCACUGCGUUAGGGGCACCGGAGCUCCUAGGCAGAGCAGGGGAGCUUAUAUCUGUGGCGAUAGAGUGGAUUUAUCUGGGAUCUUUGGUCACCUGCUUUGUCCUGUCCCUCGGAAAUACGCCUGACGGAUCAAGGCGAUUUUACAUGGUGAUGGUAUACACCUUCGCUAUAAUAAUGCUGUAUCUUCUAUUCGCUUCGGUAUUCAUCAGCUACAAGUCUGUCCAGGCUGAAUUACACGACGGAAUCAAAUUUACGAUCUCGAAGCUGUUUAAUAACUCGAUCUUUUUUACGCUUAUUGUAUCAUUGCUUUCUACUUAUAUCCUGUGGAUAUUUAGCUCCAUAGCAUUUCUCGAUCCUUGGCAUAUUGUAACAUCGUCAUUUCAAUACAUGCUCCUCUCUCCAACCUACACGAAUGUCAUCAACGUUUAUGCGUUCUGCAAUACCCAUGAUGUAACAUGGGGCACGAAAGGCGAUGACAAACCGGAGAAAUUGAAGACAGCCAAAAUUAAUAGCGAGGGCAAAUCUGAUGAGGAUCCCGAAUUUGACGAUGGUGACUUGAAUGCCUCCUACGACUCGGCAUUGCAAAAAUUCUCUUCGGUGGCUCCCAAAGAAGAACCCAAGCCAAACGUUAGUGAAGCGGAGUUGAAUUACAAUAAAGCUUUUAGGAGCUACGUUGUUCUUGCAUGGAUGUUCUGCAAUGCUGCGCUCGUUGCUGCGGUGUUGAAUACAGGUGGCCUCAAUCGGCUCUCUGUCAACAAAGCCAAAGGCGAAAACCAGGCGACUGUGAAGAUCUACCUUCUAACAAUCUUGUGGAGCGUAGCGGGCUUGUCGGCGUUUAAAUUUGUUGGCUCGAUGUGGUAUCUUAUUAAACGAAUUUUUAAGAGGUAG